CUUCAUACUACUUUUCGUUGUACAUUAUCCCAUGGCCAUAUAAUAAAAUUCAUUAGCGGCGAUCCGGAUGCGGCAAGUCAAUGAACAUCCUUAUCGCAUUUCUCUCUGUGAAACGCUCCCCGCCGGAUUCACCAUGGCGUCCUUUCACCAUGGCGAAGGUCGCUCCUUCCAAUCACCGUUGCUGGUGACGACGGCUAAACAGUCCUUUGUUUCUCACACUCUCUCUUCAUUUUUCACUCACUCUCCACGCCGACGCUUGGUUCUUUUUCUUGCUUUCUCCAUCGGGUUCGUCCUUACGGCAAUCAUGAAACGUGAACACUUCCUUUGGCUUCUGUCUACGACGGCGAACGUCAGUGCGGCACCCAUGUUGAUCUCAGGGCGGGAGAAUGGCGAUCUGUUUUUCAGCCUUGAUAGCAAGUUUAGGAUCUCCGUCUUCGAGGACCUUCACUUCGGCGAAGACGAAUGGACUGAUUGGGCGCCGGAGCAGGACCGUAAGACAGUUCAAGUUAUCAAUUCUAUCCUGGACAAAGAACACGUAGACCUUGCUGUUCUAAACGGGGACCUGGUCACUGGUGAAAAUCUCUACCUUGAAAAUGGAACCCAUUACAUUGACCUAAUGGUGGCUCCGCUCGUCAAUCGAUCAAUCCCAUGGGCUUCUGCCUACGGCAACCAUGACAUCGACAUCAACAGCUCAUCUCGCGCCCUAAUGGAACGCGAGAAAGCCAUUGGACGCAACCUCUCUCAUACAAAUUCUAUGGUCAAAGGCAAAGAAGCGGAGGUGGGCACAAGCAACUACUACCUCCCAGUCUACUUGAGUGGCCGUAAGUCAAUCGAGUUGUUGCUGUGGUUCUUCGACUCCAAAGGAGGAUGGGCCUACCAAGAUCGGACAUCCGAAGGAUUAAAGGUCCCUACCGCAGAUUAUGUCAAUGAGGAGGUUGUCAAAUGGUUUAGUGAAACCAAAAAAGCAAUCCGAGAUCAAGAGAAACGAGUCAUUCCAAGCCUAGCUUUCGUUCAUAUCCCUGUCUAUGCUACUGCAGAUUUUCAGGACGCAGGUAUUGACCCAAAGAAGGAACCGGGAAUCAACGAAGAGGUACUUGGAGUCCAAGGAAACAAAUGUGUCAACAAAGGUAGGGAUAAGAAUGGGAAUGACGAAAAGGACUGCCACUAUGCCGGUGGUGAUACCCCCUUCAUGAAGGAAUUAGUUGCGACCGAGGGAUUGCUCGCAGUCUUCUCUGGGCACGAUCACCGAGUCGACUGGUGCAUGAAAUGGACCGCUACAAAACCUCUUCCACAUACGGACCCCUCCACCGGCAACGACAUCCACCUGUGCCUCGGCCGUCACACAGGCUACGGCGGCUACGCUGGCGAAAUUCCCCGUGGCGCACGACAAAUCCUAGUACGCCAGCAAAACCUCCGCGAGAAGAGUGUUGAAACAUGGAUCAGACUCGAAGACGGCAGUGUCUCCGGACACGUAGUGUUGAACACUACCUACGGCCAGGACAGCUACACAGCUGAGCAGACUUCCCAUGAUGGUGCAUGGGACGAUGCGAAAGCGAGAGGUUAGUGAUUUGAUCGAGAGUUUGCUAUAUACCCUUUUAAAAAUGAUCUGGUUCACCGUAUAUAGGAAAUUGCUGUGAGGGAUUCUUCAAAUUAUUCCGUCUCUCGAAGCACUGCAAGGUGUGCAAGGUCCAGGUUCCGGCAACGGGGCUCGAAGAUCUGGGAUAGUGCAGAAAUAUGGGCUGCAGUUCUGAGCGAACUUUCUAGGUGGAAUCAUAAGGAGAAAGAUACUUCAGUCGGC